AUGGGUUUAGACAUGACGACUGAUGGAUCUCACGGCGACAGCACCAAGCUUGCGUCGGCGUCGGCGUCGGCUUUGGCGACCAAGCCCGCCAAACCAGCGAGGAAGAAGUUUGCGGUGCCGCCCGUGAAAUUGGCGUGUCUGGAAUGUCGCGCUUCACGAACUCGCUGCGACGGGAAGACCGAAUGCUCAAAUUGCAUCACCAGAGGGAAAACAUGCGUCUACACGCAAAGCAAGCGCGGCGGAUCCAGAAUCCGUCGGAAACGGGUCUCGACGGAAAGCCAAAGUUCUCCAAAGUUCAACAACAAGGAACUGAACCAAUGUGCGCUGUCCAUCAUGCCAGAAUCCGAAGAAGGAACCUUUGCUGCUCCACUCAGCUUGGUCGCGCCCGGAGGGGGCCUGAAGCAACUUGACUUCUCGCUAGAUGACACGGAUUUCAUCUUCGAUUCCAUCUUUGCUACGCAGCAAGAGAAUAUGGAUAGUGGCUACGAGACCUCGGAGCACGCGGGGACGCUAUCCGAUGGUGGCCAGCGCGAGGUUCCGAUUCGGACCUACUCAAGCGACGAAGACAUUUUGAGCGCCUACUACACUUACAUCCACCCCUACUUCCCAGUUCUCCCACCCCCAGAACCAGGUCAAGUGACCGACAAUCCCGACCUAGGCAUCCGUCGAUCCCCAGACGCCAUCUUCAGCAGCAGGUCCUGCCCCGAAUUUGAGCCUUGUUCGCCUCUCUCCAUGGCCAUCUCGGCCUCUCUCGCCUUGAUUCCUCACCCCGACGACAAAGAUCCCUCGGGAACCGAGUCCCUGCAUCUCCGGCGCGAACAGGCGCAAGCAUUCGCGCGAUCUGCGUUCGAGGGUAUAGAAAUCGAGUCGGAACUGAUUGAUUCAACCGUUCAGCCGGGAGAAGCACUGAGUAGUGACCCGUUGACUUUAGACCGACGGCCGUUUCACCCGAGGAAUCCGGUGGAGAAUGAGAGUAUCAUAGCAUUGAUCAUGUUGAGCACGUAUGAGUAUGCUCAGAGAGGCAAUGUUGCGAAGAUGAGGAACAGGGCUGGCCAGGCUGUAAAUGCUGCCAUGAACUUGGGGCUGCACAUCAAAGGGGACGAGGAGGGCUACUACGCGGAGGCGAAUAGAAGGGUCUGGUGGAUGGCUGUAAGUCAUCCGAAUGUUGCGUAUCGAACCAUCACUUACCCUCUGAAAAUCCUGCUGACUCUGGCCUUGACCCCUCCGAUUCUCCUCUACGACCCUCGCUUCACAACCAUGGGGCCCACCUACUCAGGUGAUCCAGGGGCAUGGCCCAUAUUCCUCCAGUCCCAACAAGCCAUCACCUCCGCAACGCAAUUUGUAAUCGACCUCGACGCAACCCUCAAGCAAGGCGCCAACACAGCUGCGAUCUGGGACCGUAUGCUUGAACUCGAAGCCAUCAUCGAGCCUCUAAUAAUGGCAGCCGAUACCUGGACGCUUUCUUCCUCGCCACCACUGGCUCUUGACUCAUCAGAGAUGGUCGUGGGGCAGGCGUUAAGAGGGAUUGCGAGGAUAAAGUUGAACAGGUAUGUUGUUCUCCUCUCGCUUAGCCUCCCUCGCUUCCACGGUGGAAUUUCAACACAAGUCCCGAAUGUAGAGAUGUUCGCUGAUGGAGACGGCAGCGCACGCAUUAAACUGCACCGAUACUGCGCCUUCUCCGACGUUCCCGUCUUCUCGAAAAAGCACUGCGACCUCCCUCCCACGUCCAGACCCGCUCAAGACACAAACCUCCUCACCCCUGUCUCCAACACCAGCACCCCAAACCCAGCGCCCAACUGCGCCUGUAGCAACGCAUUCUCCUCCUCGUUCUCCCCCUCCCACUCCUCAAACCACCUGAGCACACCCCUCUCCAUGGGCUCAAGCAGCAACAUCCUCCCCUACAACCCAACCCACUCGGCGAGAAUAUGCCUCAAGUCCGCAUUCGCCAUCGCUCGAUCCUUCGCCUCACUCCCAUACCCGCAACCAUGCCGCCCAUCAUCCAAUCCCCAGACUCAGCUUUCGCAAGUACCACACAGCCAAAAUCAACAUCAGAACCAAAGCCAGGAAUUAAACCACGGCCAAUCCCAGCGGCAGAAUCCGCUCUCAAUGGAAUACCCAUACUUCCCUAGCAUGUCCACCACCACCACCACCACCACCACAAUAGCAUCCCCAGCAACGAUCGCGCCAGCCCACCCCCCACGCAUGAUCCCCGUCUUUGCCUGCUGCGCCAUGCAAUCCUCCUACGCGCUCAUCAUGCUCUCCUACAAGACGAAAGCCAUGGACUUCGCUUCCUCCGUCUCCUCAUCCCCUUCCUCGUUCCCCCCGAGUUAUCAUCACCCCACCAACACCAACACGAACACUCACACCUACACCCACACCAACGCUAACUUCGCCAAUCCAAACCCGAGCACUGGCCUCGCGAGAGGGGACGGCAAAGAGCCCUCCUCCUCGGCGCAGCGCAUGCUGGCACAGCUAGGGGAGGGAUUGCAGAUGAUCUUGGCGGCGCUGAGGAAUUACAGUAUCGCGUACGAGGCCCUAGGGGGGAUGCGAGAUCAAAUCGACAUCGCAGCCACGUCAGUCGGUGCCAUCGCGGAGCAGAGUGUGGCGAGCGGGGUAUUGGGGGGCGGCGGUGGGUGGUGA